AUGAACAGGUGUAUGGGUGACCAGGAAUGCAAAGAGAUAAUGACCUCUGGGGGACUGAGAGGACAAGUGGUGUCGGCUACAAGAUUUGACCCCCACCGCAGUGACGUAUGGGACGCCAUAAGGAGGAAGUAUCCUACCCAGGCCAGACCCGAACUGAUGAGAACUCUGACAUUGAAUGACGAUGAAACCAUACCAGCAUACAUGAAGAGGGCUAAGUGCCUCUGGAGGCAAGCGUGGAAUGAAGAACCAGGAAAAGACACCAUGAAGCACCUCUUCCUGACAAACUGCCUGGGGGGACUCCCGGAUCAGGCUCAGGUUGAAUGUGAAAAAGUUGUGGCAAUCACCGCAAAAUCGAUCCCGGAAUUUACCGAGAUAGCACAACACCAUGUGGAACGAUGGAGAGAGGGUAAGCGAAAGGAAGAGGAUGAACUCAAACAACUUCAGAAGAAGGUUCUGAAGAAGCAACUGACAGAGGACAAGCUAGGAAAACAAAUGGUGGUAACCAGUACCCCAACAUCUAAUCCUACCACUCCUGCACCCGGAAAUGAUACUGCUGCUGCAGUUACUGCUGUAGUACAGGCAAUGACGGGAAUGAUGGCACCUUCUGGUCCUCCUGGAUAUGGUGCACCUGCAUACCGACAACCCUAUGUGCAACCACAACAACAGGGGUACACCCCUAGAUACGCUGACCAAGGGUGUUUUAACUGUGGGGUGUAUGGCCACCUGGCAAAAUACUGUAAGCUCCCAAGACAGGGACAGCAAAGAGGGAGGGGAUACAUGGGACAGUCAAGAGGACAAGCACCGAGAUACCAACGAGGGCGGGGAAGCUGGCAAGGAGGAGGAAUGCCAGUCCAGCAACACCAACCGCAACCACAACAACAGGACCAAAGACAUGACACAUCAGUGCCUAAUGCUGCCCUCCUGCCCAGCAUGUCAUGGCUGGGUGACAAACACAAUUACCAAUGAAGCUGCCCAGAAACCCAUAAGGACCUUACCACCAACAUCUACACCUUCCCACCAGGUUCGGAGCCGGUGGUGACAUGUUUGAUUGGAGGAAGAAAACAUAAUAUGCUGAUUGAUACAGGAUGCACAUGGUCUUCUGUACAAGCAACAUAUCAACUCACUACCAAAACACAAGCUUUCUCUGGGGUUUCUGGGGCUAUUAUGAGAAAGCCAUACACAGUUCCAUUGGAGGUUGUAUGGGAUGACCUACAGGUUACCCAUCAGUUUCUAUACAACCCCGAAUGCUCGGUGGGACUCAUGGGGAGGGACCUGCUUUCCAAACUGGGAUGUAGUAUCUAUUGUAACCAGGAGGGCCUGCACGCAUCCAUCACGCCCAUUGAUGAACUCAUGCCAGUAAUCAUGGAAAAAUUCUCCGACCCCCCUCGCAUGCUAUAUGUGGGAACACACCUAAACGAGGAAGAUGAGGAGGAAGCAUAUGUUUACUGGCUGAAGCUCAUGGAUACUGACCUUGAUGCUCCCCGAGUAUGCAGAGAGUUCCAACCAUGGAAGGCCUAGAUACAGACCUUAA